GUCUGCUUCCCUCUUCGCGCGCACAGCCUUCAAAGCAUGUCCUUCCCUCCCAGCUCCCUCUUUCACAGUCCCACUCUUCUCUAGAAAUCCGCGCAACUGGUUGAGUUGUUUCUUACCCUGCUGCGCCAAAUCUGAAAACGCGGUGUUCGACGAUGGCGAUCGGUUCCGUCCACUGGGGGCGCUUCCGGAUGGCCUCCUUUCGAGCGCCCGCAAUGGCUGAGGAGACGUCACUCGCAGGGGAACACUAGGCGUGGGUUUCGGAUUCGAGUUGAUGUGAUGCUCCACGCUGGAUGGUGGCGGUGACAUGGGCGGUAACGGUGCGGCUGCGGCCGCGCGUUUGGUUUCCUACGACCGCAUCGUCAAGUUCCCAUCGCAAGCACGGAAAGACAAUGUGUUAGCACGACAAACCUCUACUUCAACGAAUUUCUUCAGAGUCCUUCAAGUCCUCCUUGAUUCGCUUACGCGUUCGCUCUUGGGUUUCCUGAGCCGUGGUUAAUGGGCUUAUGACAUCGACGGAUAGUGAGGCGAGGAAUGCCUGUCGCGUUUGAGACUCUUGGAGCACGUUCAGCUCGCGAAUGAAACGCGUCGACGGCCUUGAUCUUCUUGUGCAGUUUGAUCAACGAGUCCACACUUGGCCGUAAAGUUAAAGCAAAGAGAUGCGCCGCUGGAGAAGGCACGCACUAAACCUCUUCGAUCCGCUUUCUAAUGGAAGCAGAUGAGUCAGAAGCACACAUUAAAGGGCAUUACACGAGAGACCUUUCCUGGAAAAAGGCAAUGAUUGAGUCGUUGAGAAUGCGCAGGUGUACAUCGAAAGUCGGAAUCGGCCCGGACGAGAGUGGAUUGGAUGAGAAGUCACCCGACGGCCUCGCUGAGCUGGGCUGUUCCAUGGUGGAACUUGAGGACGAAACUUGCUUGCAAUGUGAGGCGCAGGAAGAGUGUGGCGGGCAGCGCCGAACACGAUCUCGUUUGCUUGGUUGUGUUGUGCUGUCACUUCAUUGCCGUAUUCAUGUCUCUGCUCUAUACUGCCAUGCACUCUAGGUUUCGCCUCUCGCAAGUGAACUGCCAUGGAUUACCUCUCCUCUACGGGCGACUUUUGCUCGUCUUCUCAGAGCUCUCGCUCCGUGUCUAUCUUUCCGCAGCAUUGUAUUGUUCCUGAUCCAGGACCGCCGUCGCUGAGCUAAAGCGAGAUCUUGCUUUCCACGAGCUCUACAAUAUUAAAACUCCCUGCCGCAUCCGAGACUGGACUGGAAACUGCACGCUAUGCUGACAGCUUGCGCUGACUGUUUGAAAGAUCAAUGUAUUGGUAAGGUCUUUCCGCAACUCGAAAAAUUCGAAUCACAAUCCAGUGCGCGUUCGCAGCUCAGGCAUAUUCUCAAGCAUCGCCACCUGAAGGAGAUAAUUCCAGGGAAGCUGGAAAGGAUCAGAUACAUCAUCUGCCAGUGAUGCUUUAGAAAUACGGUAGAAUCGACGGUGACAUAGUGUCGCUUCAGAUGGAAUGCGCAAAUCUCCGAGCUUCUUGACUCAAACUAACAGCACCACACCAUGCGUGGGCAGGCACAUACAAUAAUUCAUUCAUAUGCACAUGCAGCUGAAAGUUGAAACCCUCAUCAAUUCGAGAUCGGCACACCCAUCAUCUGUUAUCUUCUCCCGCUGUUCCCACAUGGAUUUCACUCCGCGACAGGAACCGAGAACCGAUUUCAAUUUGAGUCACAGGCGAUGUUUAUAACCAUCGUCAAACACAUUCCAAACUUACCACUUGGUUUCCGUCCACCAUGAACCUUUGGACGGCAGGCCAAAAUCCGCUUGUGGCCUACGCCUCCGUCGAACCGUUCAUUAAUGUCUUCUCAAAUAAGAGCCGCGAAGUGUGGCAAGACACGCUCGUCAUUCCCUCAUUAUUUGCAGCAAUCUCUGCUGUCAUAUUCCUCACCCACCUCUUCCUUGCUUCGGCAUGGGGACGUAAACUACGCUCGUUUUUCGCAAAGCCUUCGGCCGAUGAGAGCUCCACGCAGCCGGCUCCUCCAGUCUUCGCUGUAGGAUGGUCUACAGAAGUAAAAGAACACAUCGCGCAUCAGGGAGGAGCAGUCAUUUUCACUUUCCGCCUCGUCCGAUUGGUUUCGUCUUUGGCGCUACUUGGCUUGUCGAUUGCAACUUUGGCGCUACCUGGAGGUUCUGGGGCGGGGGGCUCAUUUGGCAAGUGGUCGAAAAAACAUGCGCGCAAACCGCACGGGAAGCUCUCCAGCUUGGAGUGGCUCCAAAUUGGAAUCUCCCUCACGUUCUUCUACACCAGCAUUCUUUCCCUGGUGACGGUAGCAGCGCGAAGGCGGUGGAGUCAAGUUGCUCUCAAACACCUCAACACGGUGUUCGUCGCCACUCUCAUCACCUAUCUCUAUCGAAAUGUCUUCCCCCUCAUCACCUAUACACGUGAACCCCUUGACGCCGCCGAGGGUGUGCUCUUCCACAUCAAAUUCGCGCUGUUGCUCGUUGCCUCCGUCAUUGUUCCUCUCUUCGUUCCGCGCCAAUAUGUUCCUGAGGACCCCGAGCACCCCAUGCCGGAGGUAAAUCCUGAACAAACUGCCUCCCUCUUCUCGAUGGCAUUCUACUUUUUCCUGGACCCCAUCGUCUGGAAAGGCUACAAAAUGCCUCAUCUGAGCGCUGACCAACUUCCCCCACUGUGCGACUCCGAUGCCAGCUUGAACAUGAAAAAGAAGAACUUCAAAUAUCUCCUGGGCAAACGUCAUCUCUUCUUUGGUCUUGUGUGGACAUUCAGAUACGAGUACAUGAGCAUGGCGGCUUGCAUCGUCUUAUUGACUUGCUUCAACUUUGCCUCUCCGAUUGGAAUCAACCGACUCCUCGCAUAUCUUGAGAAACCUGAGGAAGAACAAUUCAUAAAGCCCUGGUUCUGGAUUAUCUGGUUGUUCCUCGGCCCAAUGGCAGGAUCGACCGGUUUCCAAUGGUAUAUCUUUUUGGCUACUCGUACCCUUGUCCGCUGUGAAGGUCUCAUCACCCAGCUCGUCUUCGAACAUUCGUUGCGGAUUCGGGUCAAGGCGGAGACUGAGAAGACGGCGUCUACCAGUGGGACUGCCACUCCUGUAGACACCGAACCCGCUGAAGCUGCCGAUCCCGAUGCUUCUAUCAGCGAGGAUGGUACCGCCGCGGAAACGCUUUCACAGGAGGAGACGCUUCAGGCUAGCACUGCGAGCGUCAAAUCGACGUCCAGCAAAGGCAAGGACAAGGCCAAAGCAGGUGAAAAGACCGCUGCCCCCGAGGAGGAGAGCGCGGACAAUUUGGUCGGGAAGAUUACCAACCUGGUCACCACUGAUCUCGGCAACAUCACCGACUCGCGCGACUUCUGUUCUUGUGCCUUUGUUGGCAUGGGUGUGAUGAUAGCACUGUUCCCCGUUCCUGGUUACGUCGCGAACCUCAUCCAAGGCAUGCUGCGUCCCGAAGGUGUUCAGCAGCAGCGACUGAAAAAGACGGACUCCCGUGUUCAAGUCGUCACAGAAACUAUGAACGUCUUGCGCAUGAUCAAAUUGUUCGGCUGGGAAAAGCAGAUGAACGACAGAGUCUCCGAGAAGCGGGCAGAAGAGUUGUCUUGGCUGUGGAAAAAGCAGAUGCUGGAGCUUUUGAACGGAAUUCUCAAGUACGUUCCUUCCUCUUGCCGAUCAUUGUCAUGGUCGCUACCUUCGCCACAUAGUAAGCAUUUUGCGUCUACAUCUGUUUCUGUCUCUGACUACAGAGCAGCGUCAGUGCACUUGAGUGUCGGUGCUUUUAGCCUGUUUGCUGACCGCUUUCUCCAGACGAUCAUCAUGAAGGAAAGCCUGAGCGCAUCCAAAGUCUUCUCUUCUAUGUCCGUCUUCGACAUGCUCCGCAAUCAGCUGUAUUUCAUCUUCUGGGCAUUGAGCCAGACUGUGACUGGGAAAGUCUCUGUCGAGCGAGUGAACGACUUCUUGAAGAAGACAGAGCUUCUCGAUCAGUACACGGAGUCGGACGCCACGGAUCUGCUUGUGCCUGCUGAUGCCGCCAAAGACACUAUUGGUUUCAAAGAUGCCACGUUCGCAUGGACAAGCGAAAAGAUCGACGGAUCGCUGACCCCCUCAAAGCGUCGGUUCAUGCUCAAGAUCGAUGGCGAACUCAACUUCAAGCGCGGCUGUGUCAAUCUCGUCGUCGGCCCCACUGGAUCAGGAAAGACCUCUCUUUUGAUGGCCCUUCUCGGGGAGAUGCACUUCGUCCCAUCUGGCCCUGGCUCCUCGUUCAAUCUCCCGCGUUCCGGAGGUAUCUCGUAUGCUGCGCAGGAGUCCUGGGUGCAGAACGAAACCAUCAAGGAGAACAUUCUCUUCGGAGCCGAGUUUGAUGAAGUCCGGUACAAGAAGGUGAUCUACCAGUGUGCCUUGGAACGUGACCUGGAGCUGUUCCAAGCUGGAGAUGCAACCGAAGUCGGAGAGAAAGGUCUUACUCUUUCCGGUGGUCAGAAAGCCCGUAUCACUCUUGCGCGUGCCAUCUAUGCUAAAGCGGAUAUCGUUCUUCUGGACGACGUUCUCGCUGCCCUGGACGUACACACUGCCAAGUUUAUCGUCGACAAGUGCUUCCGAGGAGAUCUCGUCAAGGGCCGUACGCUCAUCCUCGUCACACACAACGUCGCUCUGGCCAAGCCCAUCGCGGAAUACGUCGUGACGAUGAGCAUCGACGGGCAGGUGCAUAGCCAUGGUCCCAUUGAGCAAGAACUGGCCACCGACGAGAUCCUCGCCGAGGAGCUGAAAAAGGAUGAAGAGGCUGUCGCGAAAGCGGACGAACAAGUUGAUGGGGAGCCAGCUGCCGAAGCCAAGAAACCGGACGGCAAGCUCAUCGUCGCUGAGGAGAUCGAAGAGGGCCAUGUCAGCUGGGAUGCGCUUAAGCUGUACUUCAACGGCAUGGGCGGUAGUCAUCCUCUGCUGUUCUUCGCCGUGUUCUUUGGUGCUCUGGGAUUGACCGAGUUCUCGCAAGCUGUGCAGACGUGGUACCUCGGAUAUUGGGCGGGCCAAUACAGUCUGGUGACGGACCCUUCUCAAGUUGACGUCGUCCACUAUCUUGGAAUCUUCUGCCUCCUGAUGCUUGGUGCUUUGGUCAUCUACUCGCUAUCGUACAUCUUCUAUAUGACCGGUGUCUUCCGCGCCGCCAAGGCCAUCCAUCAACAGCUCGUCGAGAGCGUCCUAGGCACGACGCUGAGGUGGUUGGAUGUGACGCCGACGUCCCGAGUGAUUGCUCGCUGCACGGUGGACAUCCGGUCUGUCGAUGGACCGAUCUCACAGGGAUUGCAUGCUCUUUCGGAGAUGACGGUGUCGAUGAUAGUCAAGUUCGCUGCUGUGAUCUUGUUCACCCCCGUAUUCUUCAUCCCCGGUGUUCUUGUCGGUGCUUUGGGUGGUCUGUGCGGUCAAAUCUAUAUCAAAUCGCAGCUCAGUGUCAAGCGUGAGAUGAGUAACGCCAAGGCACCCGUUUUGGGACACUUCGGCGCUGCUAUCGCUGGACUGACGUCGAUUCGUGCCUACGGGGCGCAGAACUCGUUCAUCGCGACUUCUUUGACGCGCAUCGACAGCUACACGCGCACGGCGCGGACGUUCUACAACUUGAACCGUUGGGUCUGUGUCCGUAUUGACGCUCUUGGAGGACUUUUUGCUGCAUCGCUGGCAUACUACCUUGUGUACAACCGUUCGCACAGUGCCUCCAACAUCGGGUUUAGCUUGAACAUGGUUCGAGUUCUCAACGACUUCGAGAUCCAGGGCAACUCCCUGGAGCGUAUCCGCGGCUACAUCGACAUCGAGCAGGAGCCCAAGCCCAUUCAGUCCGGUGUUCCGCCUGCUGCCUGGCCUUCGAGCGGUAAAUUGAGUGUCGAGAAGCUUUCCGCCAAGUAUUCUGCUGACGGACCGGAUGUUUUGCACGGCAUCUCAUUCAACAUCGAGUCCGGCGAGCGCGUCGGUGUCGUUGGCCGUACGGGAUCCGGAAAGAGCUCGCUCACACUCGCUCUGCUCCGCACCAUCUUCACCGAAGGACACGUCGUCUACGAUGGCAUCCCAACGGACUCGCUCAAUCUCGAUGCACUGCGGUCCAACAUCACCAUCAUCCCCCAGAUCCCCGAGUUGCUCACCGGCACGCUGCGGAAGAACUUGGAUCUGUUCGAGGAGCACGACGAUGCGACGCUGAACAGUGCGCUGCAGGCCGCUGGGCUGUUCGCGCUGCAGAGCGAGAUGGACGAGGGCCGGAUUACACUUGACACGCAGGUCAGCAGUGGGGGUGUCAACCUCUCUGUUGGUCAGCGCCAGAUCUUGGCUUUGGCGCGCGCUAUCGUCCGUGGAAGCAAGCUUCUUAUCCUAGAUGAGGCUACAUCUGCAAUCGACUACAAGACGGACAACGUGAUCCAAUCCUCGCUGCGGAACGAGCUGCCGAAGGACACGACUGUGAUCACCAUCGCCCACCGCCUGCAGACUAUCAUGGACGCGGACAAGAUCCUGGUGCUUGAUGCUGGCAAAAUCGUCGAGUUCGCGAGCCCCAAAGAGCUGCUGGGCAAAACCGGCGGCGUCCUCAAGUCCUUGGUGGACGAGUCGGGCGACAAGAAGACCUUAUAUGAGAUGGCUGGCUUGUAAACGAGUAGCCGUCAAUUUUGCAUAGUUUGAGUGAUUAUAGAUAGUUUGUUGGUAAUGUUUAUAUGGAUCAGUGCGUUCAAGCCGAGCCUGCAGAGCUAGAGAGAGAGAGAGAGGAUCCCUUGAUCUGGUGGUACGCUCGAGCCAGACAGUCCAAGAGACAGGGC